AGCUCACAAAGAAGAAUAGACCGGAAGCAAAAAAGAAUGAAUGUCAAACAAAUGCAUGGUGUCCUCCUAUGUUUUUAAAUACGCUUAAAAAUGUCAGGGUACAGUUUGUUCAGGACCGCUCUGUUAGCUAAAUGUUUUCCAACCCACCUAAAAACGGGGCUUUGUAGUAAUAAUGUUGUUCACCGAAUCCCUGUCUGCGGUUAUGCGAAAAAAGUUGCGGCCAAAGGGAAAGGAAAAGGCAUGGUGAAAGAGGACGUGAAAGGUCCUGAAGUGUGUAAGGAUACUGAAAGGCUCACAACACAUGCUGUUGGCGUCAACAUCUUUAAGCAGGGAGAAGACCCUAAACUGAAGUCUCCAGAGGAAUACCCAGAGUGGUUAUACCAGAUAAAACUUGGACCGGUGACGAAUUUACACGAUCGGGAACCAGACAGUUGGGAAUAUUGGAAACGUCUGAGAAAAGAAAGCAUUUUGCGCCAUAACAGAUUGCAUAAAGGAAAGAAGUUAUAGGUUUCUCUCCUAUGACGUAUACCAUGUAAUUGUUUUCUGUUAGACUUCAGAAGAUACACUUUUCACUCAUCUUUCAAACCAAGUACAAUUUGGAUACAAUUACUUGCUUGGUUAUUUUGUUCUUUGUUCUUUAUUUUUUGUUGCAAAGCCUCUUUUCCCCCACCCCCCUCUCAUACAUAAUUAUGUAUUGGAUAUAAGAUACGAGAGUUGACUUUUGAUUGACUUAUACAAAUAAAUUCUGUGACUGAUAA